CACAUCCAGACGCAAGCAAUUGUGUCGAUUUGGAUUUGAAUGAAAGUUUUCAAAUAUUUCGUGUGUUGAUUACUUUACUAUAAAUUCAAAGUAUCUGACGCCAAACUAGACCAUCCGGUUACAGCGCCCGAUCCUUAUCCGGUUCUCUCUCUCUCUCUCUCUCUCUCUCUCUGAUAUUAUUCUUAGAUCUUUGCCUUCCGACGAACUUGAAGAAGAUGGCUGUGAAUCUGAUGCGUGCUGUUCAGUACAGUAAAUAUGGUGGAGGAGUCGCCGAUUUGAAGCAUGUUGAAGUCCCGAUUCCCAGUCCAAAGAAGGAUGAAGUUUUGAUCAAAGUAGAGGCGGCUAGCAUUAACCCAAUCGACUGGAAAUUACAGAACGGGAUAGCCCGCCCGUUUUUACCACGCAAAUUCCCCCACAUUCCUGGUACUGAUGUUGCGGGAGAAAUCGUACAGGUUGGAGCAGGAGUGAACAAUUGCAAUGCUGGGGAUAAAGUAGUUGUCGUACUUGGUACUGGAGGUGCACUAGCUGAAUUCGCUGUGGCUCAUAAGGAUUCGACAGUUCUAAGGCCUCCAGAGGUAUCCUCAGCUGAUGCCGCGGCUUUGCCAACUGCUGGCCUCGCAGCUCACCAGUCACUCACCAAGCUUGCUGGCCUUAAACUCGAUGGAAGCGGCCCUCCAGUGAAUGUCCUGAUUACUGCUGCUUCAGGCGGCGUUGGUACAUAUGCGGUUCAACUGGCAAAGCUUGCAAACGCACACGUGACAGCCACUUGUGGGGCUCGUAACAUGGAAUUAGUCAGGAGCCUGGGGGCUGAUGAGGUUCUGGACUACAAGACUCCUGAAGGAAAGGCUCUGAAGAGCCCAUCCGGUUGCAAAUACGACAUAAUCAUCCACUGUACAGCCAACAUCCCUUGGUCUACCUUUGAGGCUAACCUCACUCCAAAAGGAAAGGUAGUAGAUACCACUCCUGGUUUUGGGACUCUGAUGAGUGUUGCUGCGAAAAAGAUUACAUUUGCGAAGAAGCAGCUGCUAACCCUGUUUACUGCAGUUAAGCAAGAGAACCUCGAUUAUCUUGUUAAGUUGAUGCAAGCAGGAAAGCUUAAGUCGGUAAUCGAUUCAACUCAUCCUUUAAGUAAGGCUGAAGAGGCUUAUGCCAAGAGCAUUGAGGGUCAUGCCACCGGCAAGAUUCUUGUGGAGCCCUAGAUUAUGAUACACUAGCAUGGUUAAGUUUUCUGUGUGUGGAGUUGCUAAUGAACCAUUUGUAUAUUCACAGGUACUCGGUGUUCUGAACAACAUAAGUGUUGGUGUGUGAUAUUUUUUUUUCUUUAAUCUUUCUUGUCUUUUGCAUGUGAACAAUGUUGUCUGAGAUGUAAUGCUGUUGAAUACUUUGUUUUGUUACGAAA